GACGCUGCCGCAGCAGCUGACCUCCUCUCGUGGUUUGGGACGUCGUCCCUGUCAUGCCCAGAUGGAACCUCCAGUGUUAUACAGAUGAGUUUCGCCUUCUACCCGCUCUUCCUGAAGGACUAUCACAGGAGAGUAAGUGGGGACCAUCUCUAGGAGUAAAGAAGUAGCUUGUAGCAGACUGACUAUUCCUUGAGAGAGUUUAUAGAUAGGAAUUAUACCAACUAUUUAGACUAUACAGGAGGAGGGUUCGGGACUCCCCAGUUUAUACAAGUGAUACAGCCUGAUCCUUCGGAAGUUCUACAAGUCUGAAAAGCAUUCCAGAGACUUUGUCGUAUGACGGAGAUGGAUCACUACCAGUGAAGGAUCAGGUACGUAUUAAUCAGACUACCCUUGUUGCUGUUUACCAUCCAUCUCAUACACUGUUUUUCAGGAGUUAGAGUCUUGGCCAACAAUGGAAACUGCGUGGUGCUGGUGUCAUGACUGCGUCAAUUCCAGGCAAUUGUUUCUCUAUCCGCUCCAAGGCAAUGGAAAAAAGAAUCUCUGUCACCUUGUAAUCAGUGUUUGAGAGAAUGACUGUAGGGUUUAAUACAACAUUCCUCCUACUGAAUGACUGUAGGGUUUAAUACAACAUUCCUCCUACUGAAUGACUGUAGGGUUUAUUACAACAUUCCUUCCACUGCAAGUCACCUGCCACUGUCUGCUCCUCUCCUGGUGACGUCAUCCCUUGGUCAUUUCAGAAGGAAACCCUCCAUGUUUACAUACCUGAAGUUCCCCUUCUCUCCUCCUUAUGUCUGAAUAGACCUGAUCUCCUGGAUGACUUGUCAAGUGGGACAUCUGCUAGGCUAAAGAAGUAGCUAUGUAUGAAGAGCUGAAAUAUUCCUUGAGAGAGUGAUAGAAUAGAAUAUACACACUUUAUUAGGAACACCUAUCUAGUACACGGUCGGACCCCCAUUUCCCUACAGAACAGCCUGAAUCCUUCUGGGAAUUCUACAAGUCGGAAAUGUUCCACAGGGAUGUUGGUCCGUGCUGACGCGAUGGCAUCACGCAGUUACUGCAGAUUGGACGGUGGCACACCAUGCUGCAAACAGCCCGUUCCAUCUCAUCCCAAAGAUGCUGUAUUGGGUUGAGGUCUGGGCACUGUGCAGGCCCCUCAAGUAAACUGAACUAUCAUGUUCCUGACAAUGUUUUUCCCCUCCUCAUUAUCCAGUGUUGGUGAUCGUGUGCCUACUGGAGAUGCUUCUUCUUGUGUUUAGCUGAUAAGAGUGGAACCCGGUGUGGUCGUCUGCUGCAAUAGCCCAUCCGUGACAAGGAUCGACAAGUUGCACGUUCAGAGAUGCCUUUCUGCACACCACUGUUGCACUGUGCUAUUAUUUGUCUGUUUGUAGCCCGCCUGUUAGCUGGCCAAUCUCCUUCUCUCAUCAACCAGCUGUUUUCACCACAGGACUGAGCUGACUGGAUGUGACCACAGGACUGAGCUGACUGGAUGAGACCACAGUACUGAGCUGACUGGAUGUGACCACAGGACUGCUGCUGACUGGAUGUGACCACAGGACUGAGCUGACUGGAUGUGACCACAGCACUGAGCUGACUGGAUGUGACCACAGGACUGAGCUGACUGGAUGUGACCACAGGACUGAGCUGACUGGAUGUGACCACAGGACUGAGCUGACUGGAUGUGACCACAGGACUGAGCUGACUAGAUUUUUUUGUCGCAACAUUCUUGGUAAACCCUAGACACCGUCAUGCAUGGAAAUCCCAGGAGAGCGGUCGUUUCUGAGAUACUGGAUCCGGCACGCCUGGCACAGACCACGCUCAAAGCCGAUUAGGUUGCCAUGUUUGUGAACAGGGUGGUGAACCUAGUAAACUGGCUGGUGAGUGUAUAUAUCCACCAUCGUCACAUGCAAGCCCACUCAGUGUCAAAACAUCCAAAGGUGGUGAUGGCUUUACAGAAAACAUGCACACAUGCCAGCCAGAACAUUUUCCCCGCUGAAAUCUUACAUUUUUUCAGUGAGAGAGCAGAGAGAGGCAGAGAACUGUGGAUGUGUUCUGAGCAGAUUUGUUAGUGGUCAGAUGCAUGUUGUCAGGUACUUCAUGAAAAAGUCAUCAGUUUUCCUGCCUGUCAGCUAACAUCAUGUCACCAACACCGUCCCUCUCGUGUCCUGCACGAUGUCCUCACCACAAGGUAGCAGCCCCUUCCUGUCCACCGCCAUAUUUUGCUACUAUUUGUGUCAGGAGAAUCCCAUGUACACCACCGCUGCUCCUUGUUUACAGAAGUUGAACUCCUUUGAUACAAGGUUGCCUGUGUUGCAUGCUUUUAGCCCAUAGAUAAUACAUGAGCUGGUUGGUUUUAAAAGAUGCUGCCAUAUGCAUGAAAGCAUCAACUCAGAGCAAAACUGACAGCGCCAUCUGCUAAACACUGUUGAUGUCAAAAAAUAGCCCUGCUACACACUUUGCUGCCUCUCCAGAGGACGCCACACUGUCAUCACUGCUAAUACAACAUAUUAAUAAUUAGUUGACCUCAAAGUGUUGAGAAUACACUGAUGUAGACACGUCUUGGCCUUCUGAAUGGCAUAUGCAGAUGGUAGGGUUAGGGUCAGAUGUUAGGGUUAGGGUCAGAUGUUAGGGUCAGAUGUUAAGGUCAGAUGUUAGGGUUAGGGUUAGGGUUAGGGUCAGAUUUUAGGGUUAGGGUCAUAUGUUAGGGUUAGGGUCAGAUGUUAGGGUUAGGGUUAGGGUCAGAUGUUAGGGUCAGAUGUUAGGGUUAGGGUCAGAUGUUAGGGUUAGGGUCCAGAUGUUAGGGUUAUGGUCAGAUGUUAGGGUUAGGUCAGAUGUUAGGUUAGGGUUAGGGUCAGAUUUAGGGUUAGGGUCAGAUGUUAGGGUCAGAUGUUAGGGUUAGGGUCAGAUGUUAGGGUCGAUUAGGGUUAGGGUCAGAUGUUAGGUUGUAGGGUCAGAUGUUAGGGUCAGAUGUUAGGGUUAGGGUUAGGAUGUUAGGGUCAGAUUGGUUAGGGUCAGAUGUUAGGGUUAGGGUCAGAUGUUAGGGUUAGGGUUAGGGUUAGGGUUAGAGAUUUAGGGUUAGGGUCAGAUUUAGGGUUAGGGUCAGAUGUUUAGGGUUAGGGUUAGGGUCAGAUGUUAGGGUCAGAUGUUAGGGUUAGGGUCAGAUGUUAGGUUAGGGUCAGAUGUUAGGGUUAUGGUCAGAUGUUAGGGUGUAGGGUCAGAUGUUAGGGUUAGGGUUAGGGUCAGAUUUUAGGGUUAGGGUCAGAUGUUAGGGUCAGAUGUUAGGGUUAGGGUCAGAUGUUAGGGUCAGAUGUUAGGGUUAGGGUCAGAUGUUAGGGUCAAUGGUUAGGGUCAGAUGUUAGGGUCAGAUGUUAGGGUUAGGGUCAGAUGUUAGGGUCAGAUUUUGGGUUAGGGUCAGAUGUUAGGGUUAGGGUCAGAUGUUUAGGGUAGGUGUAGGGUUAGGGUUAGGGUAGUUUAGGGUUAGGGUCAGAUGUUAGGGUUAGGGUCAGAUAUAGGGUUAGGGUCAGAUUUAGGUUAGGGUUAGGGUCAGAGUAGGUUAGGGUCAGAUGUUUUAGGGUUAGGUCAGAUGUUAGGUUAGGGUCAGAUGUUAGGGUUAUUGAUUAGGUCAGAUGUUAGGGUCAGUUAGGGUUGGGUCAGAUGUUAGGGUUAGGGUUAGGGUCAGAUGUUAGGGUUUAGGGUCAUUAGGGUUAGGGUCAGAUUUAGGGUAGGGUCAGAUGUUAGGGUUAGGGUCAGAGGUAGGGUUAGGGUUAGGGUCAGAUUUAGGGUCAGAUGUUAGGGUUAGGGUCAGAUGUUAGGGUUAUGGUCAGAUGUUAGGGUUAGGGUCAGAUGUUAGGGUUAGGGUUAGGGUCAGAUUUUAGGGUUAGGGUCAGAUGUUAGGGUCAGAUGUUAGGUUUAGGGUCAGAUGUUAGGGUCAGAUGUUAGGGUUAGGGUCAGAUGUUAGGGUCAGAUGUUAGGGUCAGAUGUUAGGGUCAGAUGUUAGGGUUAGGGUUAGGGUUAGGGUCAGAUUUUAGGGUUAGGGUCAGAUGUUAGGGUUAGGGUCAGAUGUUAGGGUUAGGGUUAGGGUUAGGGUUAGGGACAGAUGUUAGGGUUAGGGUCAGAUAUUAGGGUUAGGGUCAGAUUGUAGGGUUAGGGUCAGAGGUUAGGGUCAGAUGUUAGGGUUAGAGUCAGAUGUUAGGUUUAGGGUCAGUGUUAGGGUUAUGGUCAGAUGUUAGGGUUAGGGUCAGAUGUUAGGGUUAGGGUUAGGGUCAGAUGUUAGGUUUAGGGUCAGAUGUUAGGGAUAGGGUCAGAUGUUAGGGUCAGAUGUUAGGGUUAGGGUUAGGGUCAGAUGUUAGGGUUAGGGUCAGAUUUUAGGGUCAGAUGUUAGGGUUAGGGUUAGGGUCAGAUGUUAGGGUUAGGGUCAUUUGUUAGGGUUAGGGUCAGAUGUUAGGGUCAGAUGUUACGGUUAGGGUUAGGGUCAGAUGUUAGGGUUAGGGUCAGAUGUUAGGGUUUGGGUCAGAUGUUAGGGUUAGGGUCAGAUGUUAGGGUCAGAUGUUACGGUUAGGGUCAGAUGUUAGGUUUAGGGUCAGAUGUUAGGGAUAGUGUCAGAUGUUAGAUUCAGAUGUUAGAGUAAGGGUUUGGGUCAGAUGUUAGGGUUAGGGUAAGAUUUUAGGGUUAGGUUCAGAUGUUAGGGUUAGGGUCAGAUGUUAGGGUUAGGGUCAGAUGUUAGGGUCAGAUGUUAGGGUUAGGGUCAGAUGUUAGGUUUAGGGUUAGGGUCAGAUUUUAGGGUUAGGGUCAGAUGUUAGGGUCAGAUGUUAGGGUUAGGGUCAGAUGUUAGGGUCAGAUGUUAGGGUUAGGGUCAGAUGUUAGGGUUAGGGUUAGGGUCAGAUGUUAGGUUUAGGGUCAGAUGUUAGGGAUAGGGUCAGAUGUUAGGGUCAGAUGUUAGGGUUAGGGUUAGGGUCAGAUGUUAGGGUUAGGGUCAGAUGUUAGGGUCAGAUGUUAGGGUUAGGGUUAGGGUUAGGGUCAGAUGUUAGGGUUAGGGUCAGAUGUUAGGGUCAGAUGUUACGGUUAGGGUUAGGGUCAGAUGUUAGGGUUAGGGUCAGAUGUUAGGGUUAGGGUUAGGGUCAGAUUUUUGGGUUAGGGUCAGAUGUUAGGGUUAGGGUCAGAUGUUAGGGUCAGAUGUUAGGUUUAGGGUCAGAUGUUAGGGUUAGGGUUAGGGUCAGAUGUUAGGUUUAGGGUCAGAUGUUAGGGAUAGGGUCAGAUGUUAGGGUCAGAUGUUAGGGUUAGGGUUAGGGUUAGGGUCAGAUGUUAGGGUUAGGGUCAGAUGUUAGGGUCAGAUGUUAGGGUUAGGGUUAGGGUCAGAUAUUAGGUUUAGGGUCGUAUGUUAGGGUUAGGGUCAGAUGUUAGGGUCAGAUGUUACGGUUAGGGUUAGGGUCAGAUGUUAGGGUUAGGGUCAGAUGUUAGGGUUCAGGUCAGAUGUUAGGGUUUGGGUCAGAUGUUAGGGUCAGAUGUUAGGGUUAGGGUCAGAUGUUAGGUUUAGGGUCAGAUGUUAGGGUUAGGGUCAGAUGUUAGAUUCAGAUGUUAGAGUAAGGGUUAGGGUCAGAUGUUAGGGUUAGGGUAAGAUUUUAGGGUUAGGUUCAGAUGUUAGGGUUAGGGUCAGAUGUUAGGGUUAGGGUCAGAUGUUAGGGUCAGAUGUUAGGGUUAGGGUCAGAUGUUAGGUUUAGGGUCAGAUGUUAGGGUUAGGGUCAGAUGUUAGGGUCAGAUGUUAGGGUUAGGGUCAGAUGUUAGGGUUAGGUUUAGGAUCAGAUGUUAGGGUUAGGGUUAGGGUUAAGGUCAGAUGUUAGGGUUAAGGUCAGAUGUUAGGGUUAGGGUCAAAUGUUAGGGUUAGGGUCAGAUGUUAGGGUUAGGGUUAGAUGUUAGGGUUAGGGUUAGGGUCAGAUGUUAGGGUUAGGGUUAGGGUUAGGGUCAGAUGUUAGGCUAGAGGUACUGCUGUGUGUUCCAGAGUUAGGGUUAGGGUUAACCCCUUCAGUACCUCGUGGAGUGGGAGGGGUACGGUCCGGAGGAGAGAAGCUGGGUGCCGGUGGAGGACAUCCUGGACUCUUCCUUACUGCAGGAGUUUCACCGUCUCCACCCGGAUCGUCCUGCGUCUCGUCCUCCGGGUCGUCCCCGAGGCCGGGGUCGGUGCGCUGCUGGAGCCGUGCGUCAAGUGGGGGGUACUGUCACGACUUCCGCCGAAGUUGGUGCCACUCCUUGUGCGGGCGGCUAUCGGCGGUCGUCGUCACCGGUCUUCUAGUUGCCACUGAUCUACGUUUAUUUUUCUAUGUUGUUUUGUCUUGAUUGUACACACCUGGUUCCCAUCAAGUAUGAUUAGUCCCCUAUUUAACCCUCUGCUUCCCUCAUGGUUUUGUGGGUUCUUUGUUUGGUGUUGUUACUGUUGUGAGCUGUUAUUAGAUGUUGUUGUUUUCCCGAGUAAAGUUCGUUGUUUACUAAGUUCUGUGUCCUGCACCUGACUCCAUCCUACCGCUGCACACUGACACCUUGACAGUAAUAAAUUAAUACAAAUUUAAAUUAGAUCCGGUACCGGAAUAGUGACAACCAUGAUGUUCUGGGUCAAUUUGACGUUGGUCUAUAUAACUUUUGAACAGUGUGUCCUAGAAACAAGCUGCUUUCUGCAAAGGAAUGGUGCAACUAUGGGUUAUUAUUAUGGGUUAUUAUUAUGGGUUAUUAUUAUUUCCCUAUGACGCUCAGAGGCUGGGCAACCCGGAUAUGAAAUCAAGAUGAUCCGCAAUUUGACCUUUGACCUAUAACUCUUGAGCAGUGUGUCCUAGAAACAAGCUGUUUUAUGCACAGGAAUGAAGUUGAUCUAAAACUGAGUUUUUACAAAUUAUGAUUUAUGAGGUUGGAUCACCGGCAAUCUGACAGAUUUGUGACUUUUUACAUGCAGCAAACAUUUGGCUCUAACUUUUGAACGGUUGGGGUGAUCAACCCAGGGAAAAGAGCAUCUGAAAGAGGACAUUCUCAGCAACAAAUACACUGGACUGAUUGGACUGACUGUAAUUUAGAUAAAGGAAUCUGGACUGAUUGGACUGACUGUAAUUUCUGUGUUGACAGUACCGGUACUUACUGUAUUGAACCUAACAUAACACAUGUAGCCGAACCAAACAUAAAGGAAGGGUUAAGAAGCUGUACACCACUGGCAUCUCCUGUUACCACUGGUCCCAGAUCAGCCCUGUGGUAGUUAGAUGAUAGUGUACUGACACUAUCCUAACAUCACAUUACUGGUCCCAGAUCAGUCCUGUGGUAGUUAGAUGAUAGAGUACUGACACUAUCCUAACAUCACAUUACUGGUCCUAGAUCAGCCCUGACAGACCGACAAGGGACCAACUGACACCACUAACAUCACACAUCACCAUGGACCAACUGACACCACUAACAUCACACAUCACCAUGGACCAACUGACACCACUAACAUCACACAUCACCAUGGACCUACUGACACCACUAACAUCACACAUCACCAUGGACCUACUGACACCACUAACAUCACACAUCACCACGGACCUACUGACACCACUAACAUCACACAUCACCAUGGACCUACUGACACCACUAACAUCACAUAUCACCAUGGACCUACUGACACCACUAACAUCACACAUCACCAUGGACCUACUGACACCACUAACAUCACACAUCACCAUGGACCUACUGACACGACACUGUUAA